AGCGAGUGUGUUCUUGACUCGCCAUCGGCAUGAAAAUCUAUCCGUGCCCAUGAUGGGCUCCAGGCUAGAAGCCAAUUCUGAUAUAGUCCGCAAAAGGAUUCAAAGCCAUGCCUUCAAUGGCGAAGAGGGUGAAGAAUACGAGGCUUCCCAUUUCGGAGGCUUUGCAGAUUACUUUCGACGCAAGAAAUUGAAACUCCAAAAUCGAGAUGCUGAUAUACGUGCAAACUCCGAGGAUAACCCUCCAAUCUUCCGUGGCGUGGUAGCGCACGUCAACGGCUAUACACAGCCUUCUUUAAAUGAUAUACACCAUCUUGUCGUUAGCCAUGGUGGAGGCUUUCUCCAAUACCUGGAUGGAAAGACGAGCGCCACUCAUAUAAUCGCUAGUUCCUUGACACCAAAGAAACGAGAGGAAUUCCGCAAGUAUCGCAUAGUGAAGCCUGCAUGGGUAGUGGAGAGUGUCAAAGCCGGGCGCUUACUUCCGUGGGACCAAUAUCGCGUAGUUGAUGAAGGAAAUUCCCAGAAAGUUCUCAAAUAUGAGAAUGGACAAUUACAAAACCAGACAAACGCCUUUCAACACGGUUACAAAGAUCAAACUGACAGUAGUUGGUAUACCUCGCAAGUCAAGGAUGCGGCAACUGAAGCCCAGAAUUCUCCUAAUGUGCUGCCACCGUCGCAAAACGAGACUGUAUCGAUUCCAGCCGAUCUUAAUCUAAGUGUGGACACAGACUAUGGGGAUUUUCCAUCUAUGGGAUCCCUGCCCGAUGUUAUCGAUAGUACGAAUACCGCUGUUUUGCAAUCAAAUAAAACCAUAGAACGUAAGCCAUCGGAUACAAAAAAUUUACUCGGCUCUCAUCCUAAACUCUCGGUUGAAGAUUCAGUGGUCUCAGCUGGUACUCAACUCGUUCAAGAAACUAUACCGGUGAAACCAAACAUGACGUCUGAGGAAUACAAUGCCUUGCUUCUAUCGGACCCUCGUAUGAGGAAUUCAAGUGUCGUGAAUCCUGAAUUCUUACAACAAUAUUACCGAGAAUCACGUCUCCAUCAUCUCUCAACUUGGAAAGCAGAGCUAAAAGCAAAACUGCAAGCCGCUGCCCAAGUGAAAGCUCAAAAUAACCUAAAAGCUAAAAGCCGGGCCAUUGGAUCUCGAAGAUAUAUUCUACAUGUCGAUUUUGACAGUUUUUUUGCCGCGGUUUCUAUCCAGAAACAUCAUCCAGAAUUCAUAGAGAAGCCCGUAGCGAUUGCACAUGGUACUGGCAGUGGCUCAGAGAUUGCAAGUUGCAACUAUCCCGCUCGCGCUUUUGGCAUUAAAAACGGCAUGUGGAUGAAAGGUGCAUUGGAAAAAUGUCCCGAGCUUAAAGUCUUGCCCUAUGAUUUUCCUGCUUAUGAAGAAGCGAGCCGUCAAUUCUAUGAUUGCAUACUUGCUAUUGAUGGGCUUGUGCAGAGUGUUAGUAUUGACGAAGCCCUACUUGAUGUCACAACGCAGUGUUUACAAGCUGGCGGAUCUAAUGGAAGCGGUAUUUCUGAAGGGUCCCUUUAUCGAGAGCAAUUCAAAGCCGAUGAGAUCGCCAACACUCUUAGAAAUGCAAUCAAAGAUAGAACUGGGUGUGCUGUUUCGGUUGGAAUUGGGGGGAACAUUCUCCAGGCAAAAGUAGCCCUCCGCAAGGCAAAACCAGCUGGACAGUACCAGCUUAAGCCUGACGAGGUCUUGGAAUUUAUUGGAAGUUUGACGGUCAAAGAUCUGCCGGGCGUUGCGUAUAGCCUUGGUGGUAAACUUGAAGAGCUCGGAGUGAAAUUGGUGAAAGAUAUUCGCGACUUGUCCAAGGAGAGACUCACUUCCCAUCUGGGCCCCAAAACUGGCGCAAAGCUCUGGGACUAUUCUAGAGGAAUCGACAAAACAGAAGUAGGAUUACAAACAAUACGAAAAUCAGUGUCUGCGGAAAUAAACUGGGGGAUACGAUUUGUCAACCAGGGCCAAGCUGAAGAGUUUGUACAGAGUUUAUCCGAUGAACUACAUCGCCGUUUGGUUGAAAAUUUGGUAAAGGGGAAGCAACUCACUAUUCGUGUCAUGAGACGCUCUGCGGAUGCACCUUUGGAGCCUGUGAAGCACCUUGGUCAUGGAAAAUGCGAUGUUUUCAACAAGAGCGUUCUACUUGGCGUUGCUACCAACGCGAGCGAUAUAAUAGGGAAGGAGGCUAUUGCAAUGCUGCGUAGCUUUGGUUUUACGCCUGGUGAUCUACGCGGCCUAGGUGUUCAGAUGACAAAAUUGGAGCCAGUCAAAUCGAUGACUGGAGACCUUCCUUCAAGUAGCCAGCGGCAGUUGAAUUUCAAAUCAUCGCCCUCCGCAAAGAGGACGAUCCAAGAAAUUGAUACGGAUUUGAUAGAGAGCCCUCAUAAAGGUGACGAAGUCAGCAUUGAUGCUGCUGAGGUCCUGGACAACCGACCGACUUUUGAUCCAUCACACCGGCCUCUGAAUCUCUCUGGAACUCAGUUUAUAAUGCCAUCUCAGCCAGACCCAAAGGUCGUUGCAGAGUUGCCAGCUGACAUUCGUUCCAUGUUGGUUCAUAAGCCAAAGGUUAGAGAAACCUCCCCUUCUCCAGCAUCGAGACGACAGGCGCAAGGUAGCCAACAACUUCCGCCACAAUCACAAUUGGAUCCAGAUAUAUUGGAAGCUUUGCCAGACGACAUCCGAUCUGAAAUUUUGGGAUAUUACUCACGUCCGUCAAAUGAUUCAGGACAAGGUCUUUCUAAGCCCAACCCUCUCCAAGCCGAACAGCAAGUUCAACCUCUGUCGUCGCGCCUAGAACCGACGAAUUUGACGGUGAAAAAAGAGACUACACCAACAAAGAAAAGGCGCGGGCGGCCUCCGAAAGCAUCGCUAGCCGCCAAAUCACACUACCGAUCCACUCUUGCGCAGUCCACUUUCAGUUUUGGAAGACCGAGGUCAGCUGAGAAUGUGUCCACAGAGGGUUCCAGACAGGCUUCCCCUACUUCUGAUGAAACAGACGAAAUAUCAGAAGAAUUUUUGGCAGCUCUACCGGAGGAUAUUCGACGUGAAGUGCUGGAAGAGCAGCGACACAAGCGCAUGAGGCAGCAAUAUGACCUCAUUGAAAAUCCGAUGCCCUCUGAGAGAGCGAACACCUCGACUGAACCGAAUCCUCUAACUCUUGAAAAUCGAAUCCAAUUACCUCCCCGCCCUGAAAAGCCAACGUUCACGUCCAAGAAACUAUCCGAUCUUUCAGAUUUACGUCAAGCGAUUUCUGCAUGGUAUGAGGCAUUUGCAUCUGAAAACCCUUUUUCUGAAGAUGUAGACGCACUUGCACUUUACUUGAAACAAGUCGUCCUAGAAGAACGUGAUCUUGAAAAGGCUGUCUCGGUGGUGGACUGGCUGUGCUGGUUAAUUCAGGACAGUGCCGGCGGCGCUGCUCCCAAGAUCGAUGAGAUAUCUGAAGAGCCAAGUAAGAGUUCGCAAUCUGAGAUGACAUGGAGUCAGGCUUUGCAGACGAUACAAAAUGGCGUUACUGCUGCGUUCGAGGAAAGGGGUCUUCCUCCACCUAGCUUCUCACUUUAGCAGGUUCCUUUUAUAAAUUGAACGGUUCAUUCAAUAAUAUUGACUGCAA